UAUUUUUUUUUUCUUUUUGAGAAAAUAAAAUUCAAAUGACUUCUAAAGGGGCUGUUACUAAGAAGAUUAAUAUGAAUGAGCUGCAAAAACUAGCCAAAAAGACUAUAUCAAAAACCACAAAAAUAGAAUCACCAUUUGCAAAAUAUGAUUCAUUAGGAAGACUUUGUUGUAAAAUUUGUGAUGUUAAGAUUAAAGGCGAAUUGUUAUGGCCUUCUCACGUUGCUGCAAAAUCUCACAAGGAAGCAAUUGAAAAAUUAAAAAAUGCAGCUUUAGUGCCUAAAAAAAUAUCUAAUCAAAACAAAGAAUUAAAUUCAGAGCUCAUUAACAGCCCUAUAAAUAAUUUUAGAAUGCCAUCCCAAGUUUCAGACAGUCCAUUACCCACACAAUCCCUAUUAGUUCCAAAAAAAUCAAUACUAAAGCGCAAAACAGAUGAAUCUUGUGUACUUGUUAAAAGAAUUAAAGAGGAUGAAUCAAUAUCAACUCAACCUUGCUUACCACAACCUGAGUCAGCUAAAUCUGAUACUGAAACUAACAAUGAUAAUGUUAUUGAUAUACCUCUACCUCCAGAUUUUUUUGAUUCCAAAGAUAAUUCUGCCAUUGAUGAUAAUUCUGAUGUCAGUGAAAAUAUCACACACUUAGAUUUAAGGAUUCAACCAGAGGAAAUUGUAGAUGAACAGCCAAUCCAGAACACUAAACAAAGCCCAACUGUUGAUGCUAUAAUACCCAAAGGUUUUUUUGACGACCCUGAGCUUGAUGCCAAAAUAAGAGGAGUUAAAAUGCCUCAAGAAGUAUUCGAAGACGAAUGGAGAAUGUUUCAAAGGUUAGUAGUGCAAGAAGAAUCCAAACUAUCCGAAGAAAUGAAAGAGGAGGAGGAAGACAAAACUAACAUAGCCAACGAAAUCGAAGAGAUUGAAGAUCAGAUUCACAAAUGGAACCAAAUAGAAAGUUUACACAUCAAAAAAACGACUAUAACCAUUAAAAAUCCUACAUCAGCUGAGCUAGGAAAACGGGUAUCAUCUAGUCAAGAACGUAUAUCUUCGAGCGAGGAAGAGGAGAGUGAUUACGAGGAUAUCUCGGACAUGUUAGAAAAUGAUAGUAUGUGGAGAAACAAGAAGAUAUGAAAAAUCACGACUUUUUAUCAUAAAACCUUUAUAAAAAAUAUUAUUUGGCGAUAAAGUCAUAUAAAAAAAUGGUAUUUAAUUAGGAUACCUCUUAACCCCGUGUUAAAUGGUUAACUGACAAGGGUU